CUUCACGUCUCCAAUUCCCGUCACCCUCCAAUAAUGGCUAAAAGAAAAUCAGAGAGCGUUCCCGAUAAACCAACCAAGAAGCCCAGCAAGUCGCUCAAGCCGACCAGAUACUCGCUCUGUAUUCCAUCAUCGAUUAUAUCUAACUCAAAUGCAUAUAAUUUAGAACAAAUAACCAAUAUUGCUUAUCAAAUAGCCAAAACAGCCACCAUUUAUGAUGUUGCCGAAAUUGUCAUACUAGACAUCCCCACGUCGACAGAAAAGCACGAGCAGAAAGAAAAAGAAUUGACCAAAGUGGUUGAAUUAGGCAGUGAUAAAGGAGGGAAAAGAAUCAAAUUCAAUUUCAAUGAUGAUGAAGUCAAAAAGGAAGAUGCAAAGGAGAAACCUAAAGAAGUAGACGAGGCCUUAGAGCCCACUGGUGGCGAUAUUAAAAAUGAAAAUAACUCGAUUCUUUUUGCAUCUUUAUUACAAUAUUUCAUAACCCCUCCAUAUUUAAUCAAUUCGACAUUUGCCAAUAAUAAAUAUAAAUCUAAAUUCAAAUACGCACAUAAACUACCCAAACUAUCCACGUUACCAUUCAUGCAAAAUAAUGGAGUUGGAUCUGAUUUCAAAGAAGGGUUAACUGUUGCUAAACAUACUCCCAAAAUCACUAAUAAAAAAACAAAGAAGAAGACAUCUCAAAUUAAAAAACUUAGUGUUACGAAAUACGUUAACAUUGGUGAAGAUAAACUUUUAGAGUUAUCGCAAGACGUUCCAGUGAAUGUUCGAGUCACGGUUGAUGUUAAAAACAAGAAAAUCGUUAGCCCAUUAACUGCUUAUGGUACCAUUGGGAACCGGUCAUCUUUUGGUUAUUUUGUAAGAUUAGCCAAAACAUUUUCAAGUUUAUUUACCGAAAGUAGUUUCCCUGAUGGAUACACUGCAUCAGUUUACGCCAACGCAGGUGACUAUUUCAAUAGAUCCCCCCUUGAAGUACCAGAAUCAGUUGAAUUAUCAAAAAUCAAUGUCAAAGGCGGUCAAGUAUUAAUUGUUGUUGGGUCAUUAGACGAUAUCAACUAUAGUUUUACAAAAGAUCAAUCAAAUUUAUCGGGUAUUGAAGGUGCUCAUCAAAUGUUCGAUGGUAAAUUAGAUUUACCAAAUGGUGUUAGAGUAGAAGAUGGUGCAUUAAUUGCAUUAACAAAACUUAAUUAAUAUUUAGACUUA